AUAUUUUCGGGGCGGCCUGAGGUGUACUUAAGGGGCGUGGUGACGCUUUUGCUUCCCUUCUUCGCUUUCCGCCAUUAUCGCGUAGUCAUUUUAAAGUGGCGUAGUUGGCUAGUCUAAACCGUCGAUAAUUUUAAGAAAAACAAACCAAAAAAAUAAUAAAAUACAAGAAUUGUUAGCCAGAAACUAACAGAAACAAAAAAUAAACCAAAAAAAUCGAAAAACAAUUGGAAAAAGCCAAAAAAAUCGCCCAAAGUUCUAGCAAGCUUAUCUGGAAAACGUGUACUACGAAAGACGAACCGAAAAUAAUACAAGAUGAACACUGCAGCCCCAAGUUCCUAUCCGAUGGCUACGCUUUAUGUGGGAGACCUUGCUCCUGAUGUCAACGAAGCUGUUCUUUUUGACAAAUUCAGUGCAACUGGACCUGUUGUUUCUAUUCGUGUUUGCCGUGAUUUGGCGACCAGACGUUCUUUGGGUUAUGCUUAUGUCAACUUUCAACAAUCGGCUGACGGUAUGAAGGUUUUUCUUGUAAUUUGUACAAAUUAUACUCGUUUCUGUUCAAAUGUAUAAUAUACUUGGUAAGUCUGUAAAAAUAUAGUGAAAUUAUUGUUUUUUUUGCAGCCGAAAGAGCGUUGGAUACGAUGAAUUUUGAACCGAUCAAGGGCCGGCCAUGUCGAAUCAUGUGGUGUCAACGCGAUCCUUCUCUGCGAAGAUCUGGCGUUGGGAAUAUUUUUAUCAAGAAUUUAGAUAAAAGUAUCGACAACAAGGCCUUGUACGACACUUUCAGCGCCUUUGGUAACAUCCUUUCUUGUAAGAUCGCGUUGGACGAAAACGAAGGCUCCAAAGGUUUUGGUUAUGUGCAUUUCGAAACACAAGAGGCUGCUGAUCAAGCUAUAGAGAAAGUCAAUGGCAUGUUGUUAAAUGACAAGAAAGUGUAAGUAUGUGAGGAAUUUUAGAAGAAAAUUUGGUAUAGAUGCACAAAUUUACAACUGGUUGCAAUGUAUUUUUAGUGUUUGGGGGUUAAAUUUGUUAGAGAUAAAAAAUUUUGUUAACUACACGUGUCAAAUUCAUGUGUGAUUGUGCAAUAAGGGAGUGACCACAAAUAGAUUUUGACCCCUGAGAUGAACUUGUAGGUUCUGUACACACAUUGUCGCAUACAGUUGGAACUGUGUCCAAAUUGACAUAUUUUUUUAUAUAUUCACAUGCGACACAUGAAAUUGACGAAUUCUGCCACCAUACCAAUUGCUUUCGGAACAAAUGAACCGAAGCUUAUUAACCUGCCCUAUUGCACAGAGUAGAGAGACCACAUAUGACUUCCUGUUAACACUUAUGAUUGUGGUGUAACUGUUGCCAUAUUCCUAGCCAGUGUUCUUAAGAGAGGCAUUCACCCCCCUGGAAAUGCUGAAAAUGGCAGAUGUUCAGUGGGGUAAAUGCCCCUUGUAAGUGCACUGGCUAGGAACAUGGGAAAUGCAUUUUUGAUGGCGAAUUAUGGUGUGGUGGUUUUAUGCCUUUUUGUCCGAGUCAGAAUUGGGUCGUUCCAGAAAAGAUCCACACUCCCCCCACGGAGGAAAUUUCUGCCGUCUGGAGGGGGAGGGGAGACAAAAUUGUUUCUCAUAAUAGUAAAUGUAUUAGGACAUCCAAAGGGGGUAGGGGGGUUAACUUCCAAUUUCCUCCGUGGGGGUGGUAUGGAUGUUUUCUGGAAUGACCCACUCCGUAUGGUCUCUAUUCUGUGUCUGUGGACUCAACUGCAAUUGAGAAUUUCCCUCCAUCAUCAGGUUUGUAGGGAAAUGGAUGUCGAGAAGGGAGCGUAUAGAGCAGCUUGGCGAUGCGCCGAGGAAAUUCACCAAUGUCUAUGUGAAGAAUUUUGGUGAUGAUUUCUCGGAUGAAGAGAUGAAGGAACUCUUUGAGCCGUUUGGUGAAAUCCAGAGUAUGAGAAUCAUGAGAACUGAAGAUGGCAAAAGCAGAGGCUUUGGCUUUGUCAGUUUUGCUGAACCUGAUAGUGCUGGACGGGUAUGGAAGUUUGAGUGUGCUUGUUUAUCUAGCAUUUCUAUAGUGCGAAUUUAUAUUUAGAUAUGAUCGAAUGCACUUUACAUCGACUAUUAUACAGCGCUCAAAAUAACGAGAGAUAGGUCUCCGGUCAAAAUGAUCUGGUCAACUUGAUUUUAGCUCGGUCAAAGUCUGUUUUUGACCAGUGAUUGACACACUUACACUAACAGUGAAACAAACUAUUAGAAACUUGUUUGUAUACAUCAUAGUUUCAUGUUUUAAUUCAAGACGUCAGCAAUCACAUUGGAAGGCAUGAAAAUGUGGCCGGUCAAAAUGACCGGUGAGGUAAAAACAUGACCGGUCAAGAGGCAUUUUUGACCGGUCAUUGUCUGUUGAUCGGCCGUUAUUUUGAGUCCUGAUUAUAUGCUUCCCUAUAUGUUUGUGCAGUAUUAAUUAUUAUAUUCUAAAUGGGCGUUUGCAGAACACUUGCCGUAACAAUGGUCCCACUCAGUUAGUCGUCAGAGUGUUCCAUUGUCUGUGCUCUAAAUCACUCUUGCAGACUGAUCAGGCAGAACAAAAAUGUCUCAUCAAUCGCAUGAUUCUACAUGUGAGAUAUGCACUACUGGCUUAUAAAUAAUUACAUCGAGUCAGUCUAGUUAUGUUGUCCUGAUGGGGGAAGGGGGUUCUCCCAUGGUCUUGCUGGGGGAAGUAUGAAUCUUUUCUAGAAUGAUCCGUUGUCUUUCAUUAGGCUGUGGAAGAAAUCAAUGAGAAGGAGAUGAACGGGAAAAUCUUGUACUGUGGGCGCGCUCAGAAGAAAUCUGAACGCCAAGCAGAGCUCCGACGUCGCUUCCAGCAGCAGAAGAUGGAACGGAUCAAUCAGUUUCAAGGUGUUAACUUGUACAUCAAGAAUCUGGAAGAAACAAUCGAUGAUACUCGACUGAGGAAGGAAUUUGAGAGUUACGGUACUAUCACUAGUGCUAAAGUGAUGAGGGACGAUAAAGGAAACUCUAAAGGUAUGUUUGGCAUUGAAAUGGCAGUGUUAUGGAGCGGUAAAUUGUGGUAGGCUGUUGAUACUGACAAGAAAAAGUACAUCACCCAAUUUUAUAUGUAUAUGCCAGCUUGCAGGGCUGCAAAUUACUGUCGGACAUCGGACAAUGUCUGACUAAAUUUGGCAAAUGUCCGAGCAAAAGUAAUUUUGAUCGGACAUUGGUCAGAUCACAUAAAAAAUGUCACAUUAUACAAUUGCAAAUUCACUCAAUUUGCAUUUUGCAAUAAAAUUUACAAGACAUUCUAGCAUAUACUUUUACUUAACGUUGUGUUGGAAUGGUAUACAUACUUGUCUCGUGACUUAUAUGUAUCUUGUGACAUAUAUAUGUCCGACCAAAUUUAGUGAUUUUGGUUUUUGUCCGACCAAAUUCAAGUUAUGUCCGACCAAAAUUAAAAAUGAUCGGACAAAUGUCCUGUCAAGUCAAAUAUUUAUUUGCAGCCCUGAGAUUGUGGCCAUGAACGAAAACAAACAUCCUUUUGAUUUAACUACAGGUUUUGGCUUUGUUUGUUUCCAAUCUCCUGAGGAAGCCACCAAGGCGGUGACUGAAAAGAACGGCCAGAUAGUGAUGACGAAGCCAUUGUAUGUUGCACUUGCUCAACGCAAGGAAGAGCGUCAGGCACAACUUGCAGCUCAACACAUGCAGCGUGUCGCUGGAAGAAUGAUCCCGCAAGGAACUCAACCAGUUGGUCAGAUGUUCACUGGUGGAUUUUAUCCUGCCAUGGCCACAUUCCCACCUGUAUGUAGUUUGUUACUUUGUUUAUAUUGUAGACAAUAUUUAUUUAUUUUUUAUUUAUUAACUUUGCCAGAUUUAAACAACGUUAACAUAAAAAACUGGCAGGGCAAUCGCAACAGCUUGCGCCAAUUACUGCGAUCCCUAAAUGUUAGACAAAUACACUAUAUACGUACAUAGAAAGAAUCAAUUACUAACGAACUAUCAGAUGCAACUUUUCACAUUGCGACCCGCAGAACCACUUCCAUUUUUGGAAGCUGACUGAGUCAGAAGACAUUUGAAACCCUCACAAUCUUAAACCUUCAGCAAAACCUGAAUAGAUCCCAUAGAUACCAAUGUGAAAAGGUACUUCUGAAAACUAAAUCUAAAAUCAACACGUUGUCGGCCUUGUCAGGUCGCGAGCUAAAUUUGCUCCAUUAUGAACAUUCAGGAAGCAGCAAGUCACUUUGAUAGUCUAGUUAUUGCAUUCAGUGCAUUGUAUGGGUAGAGAGCUAUAGAGUUGACUAGGAGAAGAAAAGCUAUUAAAUAUGUCAACCAUUGUACAACUAUAUAAGGUGCAAGGUUAGUCUGCCAGCCUUUGAAAAAAAUAUGGCUAGCCAAAUCUAAAGCUGUCCAGCUAUUUCUUUCGUCACAUUCAACUUUUUAUGCUCAUUUAUUUGCUCAUUUCAGGGUCAGCGUCCGGCAAUGUUCCCACCUCAAGUUGUCCGAACAAGAUUCCCCACUCAGCCUGUGCGAGGGCAGGGGGCCUACCCGGGUCCCAUGAUGAACCGUGCUCCUCGAAUGCAGCGAGCAACUCGUCCUGUCGGUCACCAACAACAGUCUCGCGUUGGCUCUGCUGGUCCAGGAAUGCCUGGUAUGUCUGGACAACGGAUCAAUCCGGUGCCAGGUGCAGGACCACGUAACCAGAAGUAUCGGCCGGCUAUGCAUCAACAGGGUGCAGCCCAACAACCUCCAGCUAACGCUGCAAAUUCUUCUGCUGGCGUUACUGCAUCAGUAAGUAAAAGACUUUUUUGAGUAUCACAGAGUGAUAUUUAACACAUGCCCUAGUUCACCCUAUGUUGUCAGGUCACUUUGCCUAAUGCCAGAUGCUUUUAUUCAUCUUAGGGUCAAGAUUUGCUCAAUCCAUCAGUCCUGGCUCAAGCAUCUCCCCCAGAUCAGAAACAAAUGUUAGGUGAACGUCUGUUCCCUCUGAUCCAACAAACCCAUCCUGAGCUGGCUGGUAAAAUCACAGGCAUGUUGUUGGAGAUUGAUAAUGCAGAGUUGCUGCACAUGUUGGAGUACCGUGAGGCGCUUUCUGCCAAGGUUGAAGAGGCUGUCUCCGUACUCCAAGCUCAUCAAGCCCGUGAGCAAACACCACCAGCAGAACCCAAGAAGUAAUUUGUCAAGAAAAAAGCUGAAAAAAAAAAUAAACCUGGACGCGACGUAUUAUGUUUUCUUUACGUUUACGUAUUGUUUUAAACUCCUCUUUGUUUAAAGGAAAUUUAUCACAUUAUUAAACAUUGUUGAACUCUUAUUUUGUGUGUUAUUUGUGUUUAUCUCCACCAUUUCGUACGGAUAAAAUAAAUUGCAUUCUGGUCUUUUUC